AUGUCCGUAGACUCGUCCUCCCAGCUCGUCCUCGACGAUACCUCGUCAUACAUCCUGUACCAAGGUGACGGGUGGUCUCCUCAAGACUACGAUGUGUAUAUCAGCCAGUACAGGAAUGAGACGUUUCAUGGGACGGUCGUUGAUGGGGACAGCGCUACUGUAUCCUUUUUUGGGACAGACAUCCAGCUGUUUGGCGGUAAACGACCCAACCACGGCUUCUACUCUGGCCAGCUCGACGGCGGGACCAAACAAUUCUUCAACGGUACCGCCAAACAUCCGGAGCUCUACCAACAAGUCCUGUACGAAGUCCAUGGGCUCGAGAAUGCGCAGCAUGUGGUUGUUUUGAGGAAUGAGUGGAGGCGGUAUGCUGAUUCUGGGGGGACUUAUCUCGAUCUCGACUUUAUCGCUUUGAAUGGGAGUAUCAUAUCUCCCGAUACGAUCGCAUCAUCAGCGUCCGCCACGAGUAGCCUCCAGAGCAAUAGCUCAACAGUAUCAGGCUCAGAAACCGAUCCGUCAGCUACCCUACCAUCAUCAACAGCUGCAGACUCGAUCAUCAUUUCGGGUAGUUUGAACGCUAUUCAGCUCGCUCCUACUGUACCACCAUCAUUAGCGUACGUCCUCUGUCCGUCAUAG